UUAUCCUUUCCGAUGACCAAUCAAUGAAUGCAGACCAAAAAUGAAGAGCCACGCGUCGUUUCAAGAACCAUACAACUACAAUCUUGCCAAAUUCUCUUCGCCCAAAUAAUACCAAAUUAUUCUAACCAAAAACGACAUAUCUACUCUAUCCUCCAAACUCAAACACUAACUAACAAGCCUCGUCGGAAAACCAAGAAAAGGCAAGAUGGGGUGCGCUUCUUCCAAGAGAAUCAAGGCCACCGUCGACGUGUACCGUCCGCCGCCGUCCAGUUUCGCCGUGUUCGAUGUCAACGACGUGGAGGAGCCGUGGCUGAUGAAUGGCAAGGCUGCCGGCGACAUGCAAGACGAUGAUGAUGAUGAGAAAAAGAAGGAGGCGGAGAAGAUAAAGGCGGUGGCGCACGUCCCGCCGCCGUUGCUUGAGAAGCUCAACUCCAUUGAAGAAGCUCCUCGCUCCUGGGAUGAGGUCAGCAAGGCCUUGGAAGACCUCAAGCCCACGUUAAACUCCACUGGGCUUCCGCCGGCGGUUCAGAACACCAAAGACGCCGUUACUCCGCCGCCAGCGGCGGCGGAAAAAAAGCACUCGCCGCCUAAGCCGAAAAAGAGCUCUUCGUUUCAUACCGUGGAAGAAUUGGACGCUAAACUCACGCCAAAACCGGCGGGGCUGACAAAAACCGAGUCCAUGAAGGUAGAGUUAAAGAAAUCCCAAUCUCCGGCCACCGAGUCACAGCCCGGUUCGACUCGGACAGAAGGGUUCAAGUCAGUAAAGGAUAACAUAUUCCUGGUACGCGACAGAAUGGAGAAGGAAAAAGACGGAAAACCCGCCGCCGCAUUCAUCAAGCGGGACCCACUUAGCGACUUCCCGGAGAAAUGCCCGCCGGGAGGGGAAACCACGGUGGUGCUCUACACAACCUCCUUGGGCGGCGUCCGCCGCACCUUCGAGGACUGCAACAACGUAAGGGCCAUCCUGGAGUCCCACCGCGUGGUGUUCGACGAGCGCGACGUGGCGUUGCACGGCGAGUUCCGCGGCGAGCUGAGAGAGCUGCUCGGGGAGGGGUUCGGCGGCGUGCCGCGGCUGUUCGUGAAGGGGAGGUACGUCGGCGGGGCGGAGGAGGUGGUGGGUCUCAACGACGCGGGUCGACUCGGGAGGAUACUGAGUUGGGCACGAGUUGAGAGGGGUGUGGGGAAUCAGGGGUGUGAAGGGUGUGGUGGAGUAAGGUUUGUGCCGUGUUUGGAUUGUGGAGGAAGUUGUAAGAUUGUGAAUGGGGACAAGAAGGAAAGGUGUGGGGAGUGCAACGAAAAUGGAUUGGUUCAAUGUCCUAUUUGCCAUUAAUAAGGUAGCUAUUAUGGGCUUGAUAUGCACAAUUUUAUCUUAGCUUUUAUUAAGCAUGCAUAAAUAAUACCAAUGUAAAUCAAGAAAUAUAUAUGUUUUGGGUAUUUUAAAGUGCUAUAGUGCUUCUCUUGUGUUGCAAUUAUCAUUAGUGUAAAAGUUUUAUUUGCUCA